UUUUUUAGUGCGAUAUCGUUGCCCUCGUUCAUUUUGAGAAAUCGCCGGAAGCCACAACGAAUUCGAUUUUGAGAAAUCGCCGGAAGCCACAACGAAUUCGAUUUUGAGAAAUCGCCGGAAGCCACAACGAAAUCGGUUUUGCUAACACCAAAUACAAGCACCAUACCAACAACUUACGCGCCCAAGGAAUUAACAGUUGCUCAAGCUGUAAUACACAUUCUUCAUCACCUUCUCAUUUUGGUGCAGCUCCUUAACCCAUUGAGAUCACCCCACCCAUAUGAUUUUCGAGCCCAUUGAAUUUGUACCCUUAGCCCAUACAUUGAGUCGUCGUAAUGUAUCUAUUAAUCGCUUCUUUCCGACGGAAACUCGGUGCCAUCACGCCAGCCCACAACAUCUGUCGUGGGGUACCAUCUUUGAAGAUGCAAAGCUUGUUCAGUAAUUCUAAUUGAAACCUCAGAACAUCAAGCGGAUUAUCUCAAAUCCCCUUCAACCCGGCCGUAUAUUAUGUCCGCCGCCACCCGCACCAACUCCCCGCAGCCGCCGGUUGUCGGACUCUACAAUGCAGAGAGUUUCUCUCUGCACCAGCAAAACGGCGCUUACACACUUCCCAACUACAACCUCCCGCCCGCACACACGAACGCUCGGAGAAGCAGCAACGCAACCACGGUGUCUGAGUUGUCCGAGACCCGAAUGACGGGGCAGUCCACGGAAAAUGAAAAUUCUAGGAAAAAUUUCUCCGGGUACUAUGAUUUCCAGCGGUAUAUCCCCGAUAGCCUGUUGAACGACGGUGCGGACGAUUUCGAUGAAAACGGCAACCCGACCUUCAAUCUGGGCCAUAUCAUGCGGAACAACCCGAUGCAGAGCGCCAACAGCAUUCUCUCCCAGGCGGCCAGGAACUCCCAGCACACACCCACGACGGUGUCUCGGGAUGACGAGGAUUUUUUCGAAUCUCUGGGUCUAGGGGGAGCAACUGGUGCUGGCAGAAACAAUGGUAGUACGCAAUCUGGCACCGGCACCGGCCCUGCUUCUCACCAGAAUCUCGGUCCUUUGCCGACGCGAAUUUCCAACAACCUGCAUCGGGUUUCGCCGCAGGUCCGGUCGAGCCUGUUGGAAAUGCGAGAGGCGCUGGCGCAAACGCACAACUUGCCCGAGUACGAUAGGAGGUUGGGAAAUUUGCUGAAAUCCAUGAUCGCGCACGAGGAGGGGGAGAGGCAAAACCAAGACAGACACCACAGGAGAACGCGCGCGACGGAACGGGGAGAGGAUCCGGAGGAACACGAGAGGAGAUUGAACCGGCACUCGGUUCUGGCGCAGGUGUCGGACCCGAUCGUCUCGGUCGUGUUACCGGAGCACCCCAUAGACCCCUUAGGCGUGAUCGAAGCGGCGGUGUCGGCCGAGCACCGGGAGCGGAAUCCGGUAGCGAAGUCCAUGUUUAACUUUCUCGAGUGGUGUUGCGAAGGCCACGAGCACGCGGCACAGCCGGUGCUGAAGUUGACGAAGGUUGGAGGAGAUCAUGGCACGAGGAAAAAGAAAAAGCCGGCGGCUCUCGGAGAGCCAGAGCCGGUUCCCGUUUUCGACUUCGAUAGUGACCAGGGCAGCUUCGCCGGCAGUCCUGCCGCUGGUCAAGGCAUGAAGGCCGCGAGCGGUGGCGGAAAAGGAGCUAGUAGUCCGAUGGCAGGGCCUGGCGGUAAAAGUGGAAAGAAAGGUCUGCAAAGGUCAGGAACUGUCCCGAUUUCGAUGGGAGGCGGCUUGCAACAGCAAAACGGCGAAAUGGGCGGUGGCAUGGCCAUGCACGGAAAAGGUCCUGCUCCGAGUGGCGGCUCUGGCAUGAUGAUGCCGGGAAAAUCGGGCGGCCUGACCUCGAUGUCAGGCGCGCCAGGAGGUGGACCACCUGGAGGCCCUGGUGGUGGAAUGGGCAACAUGCACAGUUCGUCACAACCGGUUGGUAUGGGCAUGCACAGCUCGUCACAACCAGUUGGAGGAGGCAUGGGCAUGCAUUCUUCAUCUUCUCUCGCCAUGGGAAGCAGUAGUUCGAAAGGCGGGCUCCCCGCUUCCGGUGCUACUAGUGGUCCAGGAGGUCCCGGCGGCUUGACAAUGGCCGGUAGUGUCGGAGGAGGAGGACAAAAAGGAAGUUCAAGUUUUCGUGUUGGUGCAAUGCCCCAGACCCAGCAACCUCGACCCCUUCAUCACGACGACUAUCUCUACACCGAUGAGGACUACGACGAAACCGACGACUUCGCGCACCUAUUCCGCCUAACCCCAGAAGAAAGACAGAGACGGGAAGCGGAGAGACUCAACGCAGAGUUCGAGUGGCAGCGGGAAAUCCAGCAGGUGCACAACAGCGGCCACAACGCGGGCAACGAGUCUUUCCGAGAAAUCACCGGUAUGCUGCUGGAAAGAAAAGGCGUUUCGAAACAGAAAGCCGACCCCGAAGCACGGAUCAAUCUGGAUAGAAAUGCUCCGGGGUUGAGUGUUGGGAGCCACCAGCAGAGCAUGGCAGACGACGCGCAGGUGACUGAUGGUGCGGAUGGUCCUGCAAACAAAGGAAAGUUGUUUCGAAGAGGGACGACCAAUCGAGACCUGCCACAUCAUCCCGAGGACGAGGGGGUCGCCGGUGGUGCGACUACUUCGAAUGCAACGCCUGGCGAUGUUCUUCCUGGAAGCAGCAGCAGCCAGCCUGCAGGACCUUCGACUUCCGCUUCCCCACCUCCACCUGCACCUGCGCGACCUCUGAUAGCAACCGCUUCAUCUGCAAGUGCAGUUGGACUACAGAGCAGUCCCGGGCCCAGUAGCCCAAGCGCAAAUGCAAGCCCACCCCUGCCGCCAGCACGUGAAAGCGCAGCGAGUGCUGUAGCACAACCUCCGGGAGGUGCAACUGCUACGCCAUCUUCACCCUCGUUACCCACUGGCGCAAGUAGGCCAUCCGCGCAACAGCAAGCGCAGGCCGACUUUGCGAUGUUGAAAACAAAGGGGAAAGGAAGUAAAUGACGAUGAGUGAAAAGUAGACUGCUCCUAUGCGCUUUUCCUGCUGCAAAUGCCAACCACUUUGCGAUAACGGCGAAAUUACAUACGUAAAAUCUCUAUUUAUCAAUUUUCUUACGCCUUUGGCGCGUCAACAACUCUACGACCAAAAAGAAUCAAGAAAGGAAUGCAGAGCA